AUGGAUCGCUGCGACGGUUCUCGGGCUCGCGGAGCCUGGGAGCGCCUAGAUGCGUGUUUGAAGAGAUCGCUGCGGCGGUUCUCAAGCUCGCGGAGCUUGGGAGCGCCUAGAUGCGUGUUUGAAGAGAUCGCUACGGCGGUUCUUGGGCUCGCGGAAGAUCGCUGCGGCGGUUCUCGGGCUCGUGGAGCUUGGGAGCGCCUAGAUGCGUAUUUGAAGAGAUCGCUGCGGCGGUUCUCGAGCUCGCGGAGCUUGGGAGCGUCUACAUGCGUGUUUGAAGAGAUUGUUGUGGCAGAGCGAGUCCAAUGCCUCCUGGCCAAUCGGUCUGUGAGGGCCUCGUUGUGCCCUGUUGAGCUCCGGUUGUCCGUCUGCCCGUACUCUACCUCCGGCCGCCGUUCUCAGCCGACCGCGGAUUCCGUCAGUAAGAUGAAAAUAGCUGUAGAAGGGUGCAUGCAUGGCGAUUUGGAUAAUGUAUACGCUACUCUGUUGCACCUGCAAGAAGUUGAAAGAAUCAAGAUUGAUCUUCUCAUCUGUUGUGGGGACUUUCAGGCGGUUCGAAAUGAGACAGAUUUGGAGAGCCUAGCUGUGCCACCCAUGUAUCGAACUAUGAAUUCCUUUUGGAAGUAUUACUCUGGGGAGAAAGCUGCACCAUUUCCAACUAUAUUCAUUGGCGGGAAUCACGAAGCAUCCAACUAUCUUUGGGAGUUAUACUAUGGUGGGUGGGUAGCGCCACAAAUUUUCUUUCUCGGAUUUGCAGGAGUUGUUAGAUUUGGAAAUGUUCGUAUUGGUGGACUUUCUGGGAUUUAUAAUUCACAUCAUUAUUAUUCCGGACACCAUGAGAAGCUACCUUACACUGACCAAGACAUCCGGUCCAUAUAUCAGGUUCGCGAGUAUGAUGUGAAAAAGCUUAUGCAAGUUCAGGAGCCAAUAGAUAUUUUUCUUUCUCAUGAUUGGCCUCGUGGUAUUACUGAUUAUGGAAAUUCACAAAAUCUUUUGCGCCGAAAACACUUUUUUGAACAAGAGAUUGAAAAAGGAACAUUGGGAAAUCCUGCUGCAAGAGAUCUUAUGGCUAAGUUGAGGCCUUCAUACUGGUUUUCUGCACAUUUACAUUGCAAAUUUUCUGCUCUCGUCCAACAUGGAGAAAACGGCCCGACGACGAAAUUUCUUGCCCUUGAUAAGUGUCUUCCUGGAAGAAGAUUUUUGCAGGUUAUCGAAAUUGAAUCAGAAACAGGGCCCCACAGUCUCCAGUAUGAUGAAGAAUGGCUUGCAAUAACUAAGAAAUUCAACCCAAUCUUCCCUCGGACUGAAGCGCGGCCAAAUUUUAGUGAUGCUAAGCUCAAUAUGGAAGAGUGCCGCCUGUUUGUGAAGAAUAAGCUGCAAAUGAGAGGCAGAAAACCUUUUGAAUUUGUUAGAACUGCUCCAUGUCAUAAAUCUUCUCGAUCUGCAGCCGACAACUUUCCUUCUGGACACUGCCGGAACCCUCAAACAGAAGCCCUAUUAGAGUUACUAGGCCUCCAAUAUUGUCUUGAUUAG